AUGGCCAUGUCUGGUGUUUCUGUUGCGGACGAGUGCGUCACGGCGCUCAAUGAUCUCCGCCACAAGAAGUCCCGCUACGUGAUUAUGCACAUCGUUGAUCAAAAGUCCAUUGCCGUGAAAACUAUUGGCGAGCGAGGCGCCAACUUUGAUCAGUUCAUUGAGGCCAUUGACAAAAAUGUGCCAUGUUACGCUGCUUUUGACUUUGAGUAUACCACCAAUGACGGCCCUCGUGACAAAUUAAUUCUCAUCAGUUGGAAUCCCGAUUCCGGAGCCCCACGCACGAAGAUGUUGUACAGCAGCAGCCGCGACGCUCUCGUGCCCCUCACGCAGGGUUUCCAGGGAAUUCAGGCAAAUGAUGCAUCGGGACUUGACUUUGAGGAAAUCUCCCGCAAAGUGAAGUCGAACCGGUAA